AUGAAGGAGGAAGAAAUCCUUGCGUGGCUCUUCACUCUUGACGGAUGCUUCAUUCUAGAGACUCUAAGGCUUCUCAGUGAUGAAUCACAAUGGAACCUCAAUGGCGAUUCACAAUGGAACCUCGAUCCUGUUUUUAAUAGAAACAGGGUCCGUUCUAUUCAAUUCGAUAUCCUAACUGAUCUUCUAUUGCUUGAAAAUCACGUCCCCAUAAUCCUUCUCCUUGGGCUGUUGGAAAUGGAGGACAAGUGCACAGAAGAAAAGGCAAGGAUAGAGCUGCUUAAAAUGAUAUGCGAUGGUAUAAUUGCCUUGGCUCACCCUUUCUCAUAUCAUCUGCAGCCAAAAACAGGGGAAACAGAAGCAGAGCACAAAGAACGCGAGGCAAAAUUGAAAGAAGCCCUCCAGUUGAAGUAUAAAAAUCUGAAGGAAUACAACCACAUUUUGGGAUUUUUUCAUGAUUUCAUUGUGCAUGAGUCCGAGAGCACCCAUGAAGGAGAAAAGAUUGAGAAUGUUCGUAUUACGGUACCAGGGGAUCACCAUCAUCAUCCCCAUCAUCUUCUGCUUCAUCGUCAUAAGACAGCUCAUAAACUUAAGAAAGAGUCUCAUUAUCAUUACCUCGUGGCUUCUGCGACAGAGUUACACAAUAAUGGAAUGAAGUUUAACUCGUACGAGGGAGUUCCGUCCGCCAAAGAGCUCCGUUUCGAGAAACAGAAAAAGACUCUGUUUCUCCCUGUGAUAUGGGUUUCUGAUGCCACGGAUUUGAUCUUCAGGAACCUCAUGGCUGUGGACAUCUGCCAAGAAAAAGAGCUCACCAUUAUUUCAGAAUAUCUGUUUCUUAUGAAUAGUUUGAUCCAGUCUGAGAAGGACGUGGCUUUGCUGAGGAAGAAGGGAAUAAUUCAGAGCUCCAUUGGGACUGAUGAUGAAGAUAAGUUUAUGGAUUUGAAGAUUGCUGUCAAUGAAUGGUACAAAAGCCGAUUAAUUGUGAGAAUUAAUGACUUCAUGGAGAAGAAUCCAAAGAUUGUGAGAACUUUCACUAUGUUUUGGGCGGUGGUUCUUAUGCUGGCAGCUGCAGCACCUUCAUCUGUGCAGAUAAUUACACACUUAUCUAAGAAUGGAUAG